AUGACACAGUCAAACUGUGUUGACCUGGACAAAUUUUUGGAGGAGUUUGUUCAACUAGAGCAGAAAGUGACCGAGAUCUCCGGUCAGAACAGCCUGUCGGAGAUCUUGUUGGAGGACGCCAACAGAAACAUGAAAUACUUGGAGAGCAAAGAGAAGAGUGUGUGUGAAGUGGAGAACGAGAACCUGAGGAGAGAUUUAGCGGCCGUGAAAGAAGACGGUGAGAGAACUCUGGAGGUGGCUCAAGCGGAGCUGCAGCGGCUGCUCGGGAAGCUGGGAGCAGAAGAAGAGAGACACCAGAGGGCGCUAGAGGCCGUGAGGCAGCAGUGCAGGAGGGAGGUGGAGGAGAGCCGCAUGGAGGGGAUCAGCCACAUGGAAGCUAAAGAUGCCGAAGUGACGAAGCUGCUGCAGAAGAAGGACGCAGACCUGGAGGAGAUGAUGAAGAAGAUGAAGGAUCAGGAGAAGGAGCGGCAGAGCGAAAUCCUCAAGCUGCAGAUCGAGUUUGGAGCGAAGUUGGCCCAGGUCCAGUGGAACCAGCAGCCUCAGCAGCAGCAGCAUCAGGGCUCCCAGCUGAUCCCUCAGAGCGUCUUCAGGCGGAGAAUCAGAGAGCUGGAGGAGAAUCCUUUCACCAGCAGCAGCAGCCGCCUGAAGAGAAGGCGGCUCUCCUUCCUCCCCGCCUCCGACUCCUUUACCGUCGGCCAGCGGGGGCAGAAGUGA